UCCCGUUGAAUCAAUUGGAUGCUGUCCUGCUUAGCAUCUCUCCAAGCAGUGGCCUGGAGUUUGGGCUGUUCGUCAAAUCUUCCGUAGCAGUGGGCAGGAAGGGGCCAAGGGCUGGCUCGGAUGGAAAGUGAGGGAUCUGAAGCCUGAGACUGCAGCCAAGAGUGGUCAGAGAGAGCUGGCUCAAAGCCACUUCAACGCCAGUGACCCCGAGGAGUUCAGCAAAUAUUUAUUAUGACUCAAUUUCCUCAUCUACAAAAUACGCAGUCUUGUAAGCCCUGUGGAAAUAACAGUACGCAACAAAAAAUACCCUUUCCCUCACUCUCCCCUCUAAUUGGCAAGCCCCUCCCCCAGACCGUAGCGUACUGACGUAAGUUGACAGGAAGACUCCUCCACCCCGCCAUCUCCGUUUCCUAGGGAACGUGGACUCCGCGUUCCACUCGCCGUCGCUGCCCCCUUGACGUCACGGUCCGGAUAGGAGGGCGGGGCGAAUGCUACCGCCAGGGGCGGGGCAGCGCGGGCCCGCCGGCCUGGCUGUGCACCUGCGCCUCGGCUGGCUGCCUGGGGCACCGUACUCUGCCCGCCUGGCCCCACCAUGGCCAGGCCGCAGAGGACUCCGGCGCGCAGUCCCGACAGCAUCGUCGAGGUGAAGAGCAAAUUUGAUGCCGAGUUCCGACGCUUCGCGCUGCCCCGCGCUUCGGUGAGCGGCUUCCAAGAGUUCUCUCGGUUGCUGCGUGCAGUACACCAGAUUCCGGGCCUGGACGUGCUGCUUGGCUACACAGAUGCUCACGGCGACCUACUGCCCCUCACCAAUGACGACAGCCUGCACCGGGCCCUGGCCAGUGGGCCCCCGCCGCUGCGCCUGCUAGUGCAGAAGCGGGCAGAAGGUGACUCCAGUGGCCUGGUCUUUGCCUCCAACUCUCUGCAGCGGCGUAAGAAAGGGCUCCUCCUUCGGCCUGUGGCACCCCUGCGCACCCGGCCACCCUUGCUAAUCAGCCUGCCCCAAGACUUCCGCCAGGUUUCUUCAGUCAUAGAUGUGGACCUACUGCCUGAGACCCACCGACGGGUGCGGCUACAUAAGCAUGGUUCUGAUCGCCCCCUGGGUUUCUACAUCCGAGAUGGCAUGAGCGUUCGUGUAGCUCCCCAGGGCCUGGAACGGGUUCCAGGCAUCUUCAUCUCCCGCCUGGUACGAGGGGGCCUGGCUGAGAGUACAGGGCUGCUGGCAGUAAGUGAUGAGAUCCUCGAGGUCAAUGGCAUUGAGGUAGCUGGCAAGACCUUGGACCAAGUGACGGACAUGAUGGUCGCCAACAGCCAUAACCUCAUUGUCACUGUCAAGCCAGCCAAUCAGCGCAAUAAUGUGGUGCGUGGGGUAUCUGGGAAUCUGACAGGGCCUCUUUCUGCUGGGCCUGGGUCUGCUGAGCCCGAUAGUGACGAUGACAGCAGUGAUCUGGUCAUUGAGAACCGCAAGCCUCCCUGUUCUAAUGGGCUGUCUCAGGGGUCUCCAUGCUGGGACCUGCGUCCAAGCCGCCUACUUCCUGGUACCCGCAGCUCUCUGCCCUCACUGGAUGAUCAGGAGCAGGCCCGCUCUAGCUGGGGGAAUAGCAUGCGAGGAGAUGGUAGUGGCUUCAGCCUCUGACAGGCAAGGAUGCUGCCCCUUGCCCCUCCAGGCUGCUGGGACAUGGCAGGGACUUCCCCAGUGGGGGUUUUUAGCUUGCUCACAGGGCCUUCUCAGUCUGGGGAAGAUUAAAGGUUUUCUA